AUGACGCAGCAGGCGGAUUUGGGCUGCACACACCCAGCCAAACCUCAGCUCACCAAGCCCUGCAAACCCCGGGCUUCUUCCCCAGUUUGGUGCCCAGACUCAGAGGGACAUUUCCAGAGAGGCGCUCCGGGCCGGCGGCGGACCCUCAGCCAGAUCUACCAGUACGUGGCCGAAAACUUCCCUUUUUACAAGAAAAGCAAAGCGGGGUGGCAGAACUCCAUCCGACACAACCUCUCCCUCAACGACUGCUUCAAGAAAGUCCCGAGGGAUGAGGGGGACCCGGGCAAAGGCAAUUACUGGACCCUCGACCCCAACUGCGAGAAAAUGUUCGAUAACGGCAAUUUUAGGAGGAGGAGGAAGAAGAAAAAUGUCCUGUGCCCUUUCAGCCCUUCCCCAAGCCCCCUGACAUCCCAGGUUCCUGCAGCCUUCCCAUCCUGGAGCCAUUCAGUUCCUCUGGGAGGAGAUGAGGAAAGGAAGUUGAGAUUAGUGAGGAUAUUUUGA